AUGUCACUAUUUGUUGAACCGGAAUCCAGCACAAAUUUCGUAGAGCAGGUUCGGUCGCAAGUUGCGGACAUUUUACACCCUCGCUACGACACCCACUUCAAUAUCCUCCGAUGGCUGCAGUCUUACGAGUUCAAUAUACCGAAAACGGUUCACAAUCUUCGAAAACACCUGAAGUGGCGCAGAGAACGCUACUUGGACGAGGACGCUCGUGGAUUGCAGCGCUCUGCGCUGACAGCCGAGUACGCGCCGAUUUCUAUAGUCGGACCAAAUCGAAAGGAUGGUGAUCAUCUCAUUGUUGUGGACCAAUGUGGUCGUGUCGAUAUUGGAGGAGUGAUGAAAUCGAUUCAACCGACGGAGUAUUUGCAUCAACUUUACAGAAACUUUGAGAAGAUUCUGUCACUGAUGAUGGAGAUGGAAGCAAGAACGGGUGUGCAAUGCUACGUGUACUACAUUUUUGACCUUGACGGCCUCAGCUUCGAUCCAACACUGCUCGGUGUUCUCAAUGGGCCAUUUCGCACUUCAUGGCAAUUGAUCGCCCAGCAUUAUCGAGAAUUUGUCGGACGAUUCAUCGUCAUCAACACACCCAGUUACAUCAAUGUGCUUUGGGCCGCGCUGUCCUCGUUUAUUGCCGAGGAUGAAAAGAGUCGUAUCGCAAUCACUGGAAAAAAUUGGCGACAGGAGAUUCUUGAGAUUGCCGAUUCUAACUGUUUGCCUGAGAGAUACGGAGGUCAAGUUUUGGAUGAAAAAAUAAUGAGGGAUCCAAAACCAGUGCCCAAGGACUUGUAUUGGCGACCGAGAGCGGGUUAUCCGAACGCCGCCGCUAUGCAUCGCAUCUCGAUUCCCGCAGGUAACUGUGAUUUCUCAUGA